CCCCUUAAACCCUUCAUCAACAGAAACGCUUCUCCGCUAUAAGCUUUAAGAAAAGGAAAUAGUUCCCACCAUCAAAAGUUUCAAUCUUAUCCCCCCAGACCAAGUCUUCCACGACAAUUUCAACAAUGUCGUUUAGGUGCAAUUCAUGAAAAACCCAUUUUCAAGGCGUUUAACAUAAACCUCUGAAAAGGGUCUUUGAGAUUAUCGAAUAUGGCAACGACCAGUCCAUGUUCCUCUCACUUGUUAUCUGCAUCUACCCAUUUCCAUGGCUUCCCUAAAAUGUCUCUUAAAAUUCAUUCUCCUUUUCUUCAUAAGCUCAAGCAGGAUUCAUCUCAGUAUCUUGAAGCACACAGAUGUAGUUUGACCAUGAAACGAAAGCAAGUCAUUUGGAGCAGUACUAAGACAAGUAUCUGUUCUGCAAUAAAUAUGGCCACAGGUCAAUCAGGUGAUCCUGAAAAAAUAAAUUUUGACCAUGUAAUAGAAAAGGCAAGAAGAUUGUGGGACAGUGCUCCUCUGCCGGUGAAGAGAUUCCCCUGGAACAGAGCUUUGGAGAACUUUGUUCAACUCAUACUUGAUCUUAUAUUGGCAGUUGUCAAAUAUUUAAGUGUACCUUUACUGGCAGUGUCCUCCCUUAGUGAGAUGUCCUACUGUGCACAUGAAAAGAAGUUGACUAUUAUCCCUGUUCCCCUACUCAUUGGCUUUGUACUCGCAGGGGUUUUGAAAGAAACUGCCUUGGAACUUUCUCCUCUUCUCAAGGAUGCAGAAGUUCCCUGGCACCUAAUAGCUAUUGUAAUAAUCUUUACAUCGAUCAAAUUGCCAGGCCCAUAUUACCCAUAUUGGGGGCGCAUUUUCAUUCCACACUUUGCAAAUGGGGCACUAUUGAGGACCCUAUGGUUUAUGUUUUUGUGGUAUAGAAGACCCAAAAAUAUAUCAGGAGCUGUGCAGCCGACUAGUUUGGUAAAUGCAAGUGACUCUGAAACUGAAUAGGCUGUAAUCUGAACAGGUGGCAUUCUGAGUCAGAGAAAAAACUGCCCAGAGAAGGCUGUUUAGGAGAAUUUUAUCAAAAUUGGAGAAGGCUCCAGCUGGGAGAUCGAACAAGCUGGUGCUUGGGAUGUUUGGCUUGAAACUUUGAACACCAAUGCCAUUUUUGUAUUUUCCUUAAUUCAACCUUGAGUUUUGAGAGAGACUGGAGAAUUAGCACACCCUAUGAUCUUGUUGCCAGGACAGAAUAUCACGAGGAUAUGGUCCUAACUAUGGUUAAAAGCUUGAAUGCAUUGAUAGUUUCGACAA